AUGUCAACAACCACUUCAGGUCCAGGGCUGCCCGAGAUCGCAGCUCUUCAAAACGACGACUCAAUGUUGACUCGCCGUUUUGGAAAAGAAGUUGUCAACUACUACGCUGGUGGCCGUAUCAACAGAUACUCUUUUCUGCGUGCCGAUACUGGCUUUCUCCGACAUGCCUUCAAUAGCCCUACAGCUAGAUAUCUGGCAGUCCAUGAUCUGAACCCUCUGGUUGUUGACAAGAAGACUCCGGCUUAUCUGACUUUUAAGGAUGUCGAGCCUCUGAUCGGACCAGACCAUUUCGCUCUCACAGAGGAUGAAGCUAUCCAGAGCUUCAACUCUGCUGAGACCAGACCCCUGGUUGUUUUCAUUGGUAUGCUAGAGGAGGGUAACGAGAAGGAUUCAAUCCCUUCUUCCGACCAUGGGGAUAUUCAGGGCCACCCCUAUUUCGCCAUUGACAUCACUCCCAAGGGAACCCAUGCUGAGAAAGCGACUCAGUUCUUGGAGGAACAGGAGAAGAAAGGACUGUCUUUGGACAAGAACCCUCGAGCAAUGAAUCAGUCACCUGAGGCUGCCGCUCUCUACGCCCAAGCUAGAUCAAUCAUUGACUGGAAUACACGAAGUCCCUUCUGCGCCGGCUGCGGACUGCCCAACCUUUCAGUUCACGCUGGUUACAAGCGCGUCUGCCCUCCCGCCGAUAAGAAAGGCGGAGCUACCAGUGAACCCCGAGGUGACUGUCCCACCCGUCACGGUGUCUCAAACAUCUGUUUCCCUAGAACGGAUCCCACGAUGAUUGCCGCUGUUGUUUCCGCAGACGGAACAAAGAUUCUUCUCGGCCGCCAGAAGCGUUGGCCUCCUCACUGGUACAGCACGCUUGCUGGUUUCCUUGAGCCUGGUGAGUCUAUCGAGGAGUCGGUUCGGCGAGAGGUUUGGGAGGAGAGCGGUGUUCGUGUUGGGCGCGUGGUAAUUCACUCGAGUCAGCCGUGGCCUUAUCCUUCCAGCUUGAUGAUUGGAGCUAUUGCUCAGGCCCUACCUGGUGAUGGCGAGAAGAUAUCUCUGAACGACAAGGAGCUGGAGGUGGCGAAGUGGUUCUCCAUGGACGAAGCCCGCCAGGCUCUUAAGAAUGGAACGAGCAGCCUUGGGGAGCCUGCGCCCGAGGGGUACAAGGAGGGAGAUUUGCGAUUGCCUCCUCCUCAGGCUAUUGCCAAUCGGUUGAUUACUGCUGUUGUUGAAGGAUAUUUGACUGUGGGCCCUAAGAUGUGA